GUCCUCCAAAUUUCGGGCAAAAAGAUCAAAACACAACCACUUUCACACUCUUCACCCUUUCCCAUUUAUCUCUUCAACCAAACAACUCUGAAACAAUGGCGGGAAUGGCGACAACCUUUCAUUCGUCGUCGGCUUCUUCCAUCCUCAGCCGUCCGUCGCCAUUUUCUUCCGUCUCACUCUCGUCGAAGCCGUCGUCUCUACUCCGAAGGCCGAGUUUGCGGCAGACUCUCUUUCGCUCCAGAUUUCCCAGAAUUAUGGCGUUUUCCAGCAAUGAUAUUAAGGUCGGCACUGAAAUUGAAUUGGAUGGAGCUCCUUGGCGAGUUUUAGAAUUUCUUCACGUUAAACCUGGAAAGGGGGCUGCAUUUGUGAGGACCAAAAUUCGUAAUUUCAUAACUGGAAACACAAUCGAGAAAACUUUUCGGGCUGGAGUUACGCUUGAUGAGGCAAAUGUGUACAAGGAAACUAAGCAGUUUACAUACAAAGAUGGUUCACAGUUUGUCUUCAUGGACCUGAAUACAUUUGAAGAAACUCGUCUAAAUGAAGCUGAUGUUGGGGAUAAAACAAAGUGGCUAAAAGAAGGAAUGGACUGCAAUUUGCUUGUUUGGAAUGGAAAAGUUAUUGGUCUUGAAAUUCCCAUCACAGUGCAGCUAUCUGUGGCUGACGUUGAUCCUGGACUCAAAGGUGACACGGCUCAAGGUGGAUCAAAGCCAGCAACUCUUGAAACGGGCGCAGUCGUUAAUGUCCCCCUAUUCAUAAAUGUAGGCGAUACAAUUAUAGUCGAUACCAGAACAGGGCAAUACACAAGUCGGGCAUGAGCUUUCUAAGUUGUACAUUUUCUAGCAUUAGUCACAAAUUUUGGUAAUUUAUUUAUGUUUACCAUAUAAGAGAGUUCUACCCUACGACUUAUCUGGAUGAGAUCUGUACAGUUGUACAUUAAGGUUAACUUAAGGUUUGCAAACCUUCAACAUCUUGGUGCACCUGUUGGCUCCGUCCAUUUUUGUAUCAAAUCAAUGAAAAUUGAGUGUAUCUGACCUAUUGGUCAUAUAUUAUGGGCAUUAUAUUGGUGAACCAAGUUUCUU